AUGGCGUAUCUACGCGCGUGCAGCGGCGAGAGAAUGAAGAGCGACCUAGAUCUCUUUACUCUUCCUCUCACUCAAACAUCCAUUGAAAAUAGCGCUUAUCUCUACUACAAACCCAUUUCGUCGCUGAGCGACGAUGGUGACUCACCCUUGGAAUUUUUAAUUCCAAGUUCAACCGAUCACUACAUCGAUCUCGCGCACACCAUGUUGCACCUGACCGUUCAAAUACUACCAGCUAGUGAUACACCCAGCGAAAAUCUCAAAGUUGGCCCUGUGAAUAACUUUAUACACUCAAUGUUUGAUCAGAUUGACAUAUUUUUCAAUCAAAAGUUAGUUUCAUCGACAAACAAUGCGUAUCCGUAUAGAGCCUACAUAGAAACGCUGCUAAAUUAUGCGGCACCUGCUAUGCGCUCUCAUCUCACGUCUGCUUUGUGGAGCAUCGAUACCGCCGAUGCCAUGGAUGCCGCGCCAAAUUUAGAUCGUAAGGCUGAUGGUGCGAAUCAAGGUCUCAUUAACAGACUGUUCUUUACAGCUGGUGGCAAGGCCGUCGACAUGAUCGGACAUUUGCAUUGUGACGUUUUUAAUCAACCGAAAUUCCUUAUCAAUGGUGUAGACGUGAGAGUAAGAUUGGUCCGUAGCAAAGACGCCUUUUGUCUCAUGGACUGGUCCGACAACAGAAAAUUUUCGGUGCACAUCAAGGAGGCCACACUGAUCGUGCGUCGUGCCAAGAUAAGCCCGGGUAUUUUACUAGCGCACGCAAACGCUCUUGCUAAAACAACAGCCAAAUACCCCUUAACAAGGGCCGAAGUCAAGUCAUUUACGCUGCACAGCGGUAUACUCGGCGACACCCUGGACAACGUUAUACUAGGACAGCUACCCAAAAGGAUCAUCCUGGGCUUUGUUAAAAAUAAAGCCUUCAACGGCAAUAGAAAGCUCAACCCUUUCAAUUUUCAACACUUUAACAUAAACUUUAUUUCGCUCUACGUGGACGGCGUUCAAGUCCCCAGUAGGCCGUUGCAGCCACGCUUUACCGGUGACCAUAAGCUAUACGUAGACGCUUAUCAUACGCUUUUUUCCGGGACAGGUAUACAUUACCUAAACGAGGGUCUCGAUAUCGAUCGUUACGGUUAUCCCAACGGAUUUUGCCUGUUUGCUUUCGAUCUGACACCGGAUUUGUCAGCGCAUUUUACCAGCCAUUGGAAUCUCGUUCGCUCGGGGUCUCUACGCGUUGAGGUGCGUUUCGCCGAAGCUCUAACGGAAACGCUAAACUGCAUUGUUUACGCAGAGUUUGACAACGUGCUCGAAAUCGACUCGAAUAGACAAAUUAUAACGGACUUUAAUUCCUAA